CUUUAGCGCCGCAGAACCGCGACUACAGCCACUCGGGCGCUGCAAGCCUCACUUAGAUAACAGAGAGGGCGCCGACCGGCCGCCGAACUACAAUCAGUAACAACAGUGAUCGAUCAGUGGUCGGAAAAGUGUUCCAGAAACGAUGUUCAUAGGUACGUGGUGGUGCCUAGCGGCGGUGGUGGUGGGAUGCAGCGGGGAGCGUUGGCAGUUCCCGGGGGAGAGUGCCGCCUCCUCCGUGCGCAUCGACAACAAGGUCAAGUUUAUCGACGGAGAACAAUUUAAAGCUGAAAAAAGACAGAGCGAGUCGCGCGUGCAGUCAGUGCAAGCAGACGAGGUCCCGUUCCACGAGCCUACGGACACGGAGGGCUUCUACAACAGACCCCCCGGGCAGGGCCGCUACCCUGUCACCGUAGAGAAGCACCCACGAGCGCCGUAUAGAGUCAAUGGGCAGGCUAUAUUCCCAGUGUAUAAUAGGCCAAAGAACUAUGAGUCCGACGGCACUCUGGACUCCCUCCAGUACUGCAAGUGCGUCUCCACUCCUGACUGUCACCCGCACGCCGACUCCGAGCGCGCGUGUGGUGCACAGAAAUAUUUGUGCUGCUACAAGAGACCAACUCAAGGAAACAUUCCACAUUCAGAAUACUUCAAUGAAAUCGAUGACGAGAGACCUUCGCUUCUCCCUGGACGAGAGAACUUUGCCAGACCAUUCCCUCCUCCACCUGAAGCUGGGUAUCCACACAACGGCGGUGCCUUAGACAGGCCACAAAGUGUGCCGGUCGGACCGCAAGGACCCGCCAACAAUGUCGGCAACCCUGGAGUGUUAGUUGGCCCAGAUGGACCCACUGGAGUCAUCGGACCGGCGCAGCAGAAUCCAGCAGUUCUAGUCGGACCGAACGGCCCUACAGGACAUAUUGGACCAAUAAACAACCAAGGCGGACUUCACGGAUCAGACGGAAAAGACAAUUUAACUCCAGAUGAGUCGGCACAAAGAGGAGUUUUAGUUGGUCCCGGCGGUCCCACAGGUAUUAUCGGCCCUGCUGGAGGAUUUAGCAGACGACCAGUGCUUGUGGGUCCCGGAGGGCCGACUGGUAUCAUUGGGCCAGUGCGAACAGGCAGACAGGGUGUGCUGGUGGGGCCAGGAGGUCCGACUGGCAUUAUCGGGCCAGGUUAUGACCGACGCGCACAGCCUGGAGUGCUUGUCGGUCCCGGUGGCCCUACAGGUGUCAUUGGCCCCGGGCGAGGAAUCCUCGUCGGCCCAGGAGGUCCCACUGGCCGAAUAGGUCCGCGUUUCUUCGAUUAUUAAGUGUUAUGUUGUGAUUUCUAAUAUUAAGAUUAACAUAGGUGAGAACAAGGCGUAUAUUGACGACGCGGCUUCGCUGUAAUUGUAGUAUAGUUAAUACGAAAACGCUAGUCACCUCCUUUAAUAUGUGAGCAGUAGAGUACGAUGCGAGAGUUAAGAAGUACCUACGCCAAGAGUCAUAUACAAACUCCGGCGUCAUGGUAACAGCCCUAUUUCUCGUAUCAUUUAUUGCAGGAUGCGGAAGACGCCUGACAAAUGUUUAUUGACAAAAUAUUAAUUGAACCAUAGGGCUAACUGACCUAGACUGUGACGCUUUAAUUGUUGCUAUUGUGUUAACAAUUAGUUACCACCAACUGUUACCAGUUACCGCUACACUACGGAUUAUUUGCAGAAUGCUCGCGCAAGAAGAAAGAAAAGUCCUCAACAGCGAAGUUGCUAAACAAUACUAUAGACAGUAAGAAUGUGACGAUGUGUACCUGCGUUAAAUAUAAGGUUUAAUAUAAAA